AUGUUCCGCCUCUCCACGCGCAGCGCCGGCCGGUGCGCCCGCGCGUUCGCAGCUGCUGCCUUCACCGAGGCGCGCGGCCACGCGAGCCAGGCCGUCGCCAAGGCCGGCGCGACGUCCCAGCAGGCCUCUGGGUGGGGCUUCCGGGCAGCCUUCGCGGCCGCGGCAGCGGCGAGCCUGCCGCUCGCAGCGGCGGCGUCCUCGCACGAGGAGCGCUCGUUCAUCAUGAUCAAGCCCGACGGCGUGCACCGCGGCCUGAUCGCGGAGAUCAUCGCGCGGUUCGAGCGCAAGGGGUACAAGCUCGUAGGCAUCAAGGUGGUCGUGCCCUCCAAGGCGCUGGCGGAGCAGCACUACGCCGAGCACAAGGGGCGCCCGUUCUUCCCGAAGCUGACCAACUUCCUGUCGUCCGGCGCCGUCGUCGCCAUGGUGUGGGAGGGGCGCGGGGUGAUUUCGUUCGGGCGCACGAUGAUCGGCGCGACGAACCCGCUGUCGAGCGCGCCGGGGACCGUCCGGGGGGACCUCGCGGUCGACGUGGGGCGCAACGUCAUCCACGGGUCCGACAGCAUCGACUCGGCGCAGAAGGAGAUCGCGCUGUGGUUCGGGCCCGACGAGCUCGCGGCGUACGACCUCGUGGGGAAGAACUGGGUGUACGAGCUCUGA